CGCCCGCCGCGCCCGCAGCAUGGGGAAACUUCACUCCAAGCCGGCCGCCGUGUGCAAGCGCAGGGAGAGCCCGGAAGGUGACAGCUUCGCCGUGAGCGCCGCCUGGGCCCGGAAGGGCAUCGAGGAGUGGAUCGGGAGGCAGCGCUGUCCAGGCGGCAGCUCUGGACCCCGACAGCCGCAGGUGGCGGGCACCGUUGGCAGAGGAACCCGGGAGCUCGUGGGUGAAGUUUUCAGAGAAACGCUCAGUGAGGAGGAAGAGGAAGACUUUCGGCUAGAAGUGGCCCUGCCUCCCGAGAAGACAGACGGGUUGGCCAGCGGAGAUGAGAAGAAGAGGGAGAAGGCGAGCGAAUCUUGCCCGGGCUCCAAGAAGCAGCUGAAAUUUGAAGAGCUACAGUGUGACGUGUCCGUAGAAGAGGACAGCCGGCAGGAGUGGACCUUCACCCUGUACGACUUUGACAACAAUGGCAAGGUCACCCGUGAGAUGUGAUAGCUGGAAUUCUAGCCACCGCUUUGGACCGUGAGGACAAGGACAAUGCCCUAGAGAUGGUGGAGUGGCUGGAAGAAGCCUGUGCCCCCAAGGAACAGGACUUCUGUUGCAGACCUGGACACCUACAUUUAGACUCUUCAACGAGGAAGAAACCAACUUUUCACUUGUUUAAAGCACUUUCUCUUGCAACCAAACUGAAUCCUCAGUGAAAUGACUUUCUUGACACCAAGCCCUGUUGGACAUUCUCUAGCCCCUCCGGACCACAUUUAGCAGGAGGCUUUACCGAAUCCUCCUUUAAAAAUUGCUGCAUUGAAACUGGGUACGUGGGACCUCUCUGUACUGUCUCUGCAGAAUCUGUAAGUAUCGACAAAAUAAAAAGUGUUUAAAAUGGC